AUGGCGCCACAAGUCGAGAUAUCGAUACCUAACACGACCAUCUCUGAAGGCUCCAAGCCGUACACGAUCUACAACAUCACGCUCCGCCUACCUCUCCGUUCGUUCACAGUCCAGAAGCGCUAUUCCGACUUCCUCACUCUACAUUCAGGCCUAACAGAUCAAGUUGGCGCACCUCCACCGUGCAGCCUGCCUGGCAAGUCGUGGUUCUCGAAAACAGUCUCGAACCCGCAGCUCACCGAAGAGCGCCGCCAAAAUCUCGAAACAUACCUGAAAACAAUCAACGAAUGCGACGACUCCAGGUGGCGCACAACUAGCGUUUGGCGCGCUUUCCUCAACCUCCCUUCCUCACUCGCAAGCAGCACGUCAAGUAAAGCCGGCGCAUUACACUCCGUCAUCUCGGGCCCUGGUGGAGGAGGCGCCCCGAUCACAGACCCAGUGAUAUGGCUUGACGUGCACCGGGACCUCAAAGCACAAUUACAAGAUGCACGCCUGAACCUGACGAGCCGGGAUCAAGCCACCACGACGCAGAAACAGCAUGAAGCCGGCGCUGCUGCAAAGAGCCACCUGGUAAAAGCUUCGGGGCUGAUAUCGGCACUGGAAGAAGGACUGGUUAAUAUACAAAAGGGCGCGAACGAUGGGUGGGGAGGGCAGAAACUGGGAGAAGGCGAGCUACGAAGGCGGAGAGAUCUGAUUGCGUCGGCGAAGAAGGACCGAGACGGACUGGAAAACCUGCUGAACGCCAUGGUCACGAAAUCCAAACUCGACCAGACUGUCGCUUCCGUGCAACAGACCCAGGAACUCAUGGGGAGUGCUCAGCACAACAAGCCGAAGGUGGGUGGCGGUAGAGUUCUUGGGAAGGAGACGGCCGAAACGCGCGAGCUCGAUAACCAAGGCGUCUUGCAACUUCAGAAGCAGAAAAUGGCCGACCAAGACCUCGAUGUCGAGGAGUUACGCAAGAUCGUGCUACGGCAAAAAGAGCUGGGCAUCGCCAUCAACCAGGAACUCGAGGUGCAGAACGACAUGCUGAGAAUGGUCGACGAAGAUGUCGAUAGAGUGCAAGGGAAGAUCCAGAUCGCAAAGAGGAGAAUUGGGAAGAUAUCGUAG